AUGGUCAAACCGAGCCAUCUGGAAGGGGGGGAUGAAUGGGAGAGUCGCUCGACGGGUGGUUCCCUGGACAUCCGCUCCUCGACAUACUCCGGACAUUUGAAUCGACGGGCUAAGGGGGGAGUGGCCAAUGGAGACAGUCGGCUGAAGAACGAGAUUGAGUGGAAAGAGAUCCCUCACUCUACUAAUGAGCCGGUUUUGCCUCCGCCUGCUCAUCAACAAGUCUCGUCGGACUCUUCCGAAUCCUCGGAAUCUGCUCGACGCAAACAAAAGUAUAGGCAACGCACGCCUCGGCUGGAUGAUGAGGACGACGAUCCAAUUGACCCUCAUCUGGUCAGAUCCCAUCCACCCGCCUCCUCCGGCUCUUCCACCCUCAUCAUCGCCGCCAACUCUCUUCUUCCGCCGGACACCCCUCCUUCGUCGAUAGAGACCCUCGCGUCAAAGGCCAUUGGAUCGAGUUCAUCGAUCAGUCUCUUCCUGAUCCCGCUCUUGCCUCCCAUCCUCAACUUCCUCCAAAUAAUCAUGGGGGUGUUUCCCCCAUCGAUGAUCGGUUUUGACCGGUCAUCGAUGGGUGUGUUUACCUCCAUCAAGGACCGGUUAAAACCGGUCCUUGAUGGGGGUGUUUCCCCCAUCGAUGACCGGUUUUGA